AUGUCACAAUCUCUACGUCCUUAUUUAUCAGCAGUGAGAACCUCAUUGACAGCAGCAUUAUGUUUAGAAGAUUUUGCUUCACAAACCGUGGAAAGACAUAAUAGACCAGAAAUUGAAGCUGGUAAAUCAUUAGAAGUGUUAUUAAACCCAAUGGUUAUUGCAAGAAAUGAAAAUGAACAAAUAUUAAUUGAACCAUCUAUAAAUUCCGUUAGAAUUUCUAUAAAGAUAAAACAAGCUGAUGAAAUUGAACAAAUAUUGGUGCAUAAAUUUUCAAGAUUUUUAACACAAAGAGCUGAACAUUUCUUUAUUUUAAGAAGAGUUCCAAUUCAGGGUUAUGAUAUAUCAUUUUUAAUUACUAAUUUCCAUACUGAAAAGAUGUUGAAGCAUAAAUUAGUUGAUUUCAUUAUUGAAUUUAUGGAAGAUGUUGAUAAAGAAAUUAGUGAAAUGAAAUUAUUUUUGAAUGCUAGAGCUAGAUUUGUUGCUGAAGCAUAUCUAACACCAUUUGAUUAA